AUGGGAGGCAACAGAGAUGUGAGGAUCUCAAAGAGAAAAUGGCGAAUAACACGUGCUUUAGCCAUUUCCGCCAUUAUAUUGGCCGUCAUUUUCCUAAUAGUGUUAAUUGUAGUGAUAGUGGAACAAACGUUUUUACCAAGCUGCUCAAAAGGACAAAAUAUCAAACCCCGGAACUUCGAAAAGCCGGGUGUGUUCGACGACCUCACCCCAGAGGAAAUGAAUAGUGUCCGUGACUAUUUGCUCAACUUAGAAUCGCCAUCUCUUGUUCGCCAGGAGGACGCUAGUGUUAAUAGUAGCUAUAUAUUCCUGAUAGAUCUUCAUAUGACUUUAAAAUCUGCUGUGUUACAAUAUCUAGAUGGGGGACAUCGCCAACCUGAUAGAACUGCCAAAGCUGUGGUGUACAGAGGUGAUACAGAUCCACCACGUGUGGAGGAAUAUCUCGUAGGUCCCCUACCGCACCCUAAUUAUAACAUUCUAAUAGCCAACCCAGCAUAUCGACGCUUACCAAUUCCAUGGGAGAGUCGCCCUGUAGAUGCUGUAGAAUAUAAAAUCUUGUAUGAAAUAUUAACUAAAGCGACCAAACAACUGUACCCUAUCUUUCGUGAAAGUUUUGACCUUCAUCAUCACAACUGUACACCAUCUGAAAUGUGUAUGAUGUUUUGUGACUCAGCGCCUCGAGGAAUUAAAAGUGGCGAGCGGAAAACAUGGUUUGCGUCUUACAGGAACGUUGAAGGAUUCUACAAUCAUCCGUUAGGAUUUGAAAUUCAAAUUGGUCACGAGGGAAAUGAUAUAACAACAUGGGACGUAACUCGUCUUGUGUACAAUGGCCAAAUGUAUUACAGCGUAGAAAAAUUAAUUGAACAAUAUUAUCUAGGUCGUGUAAGGAAAAUUUCACAUAAGGUUGACCCUUAUGAUCUGCAGUAUUCGUCAUAUGAACGUCGCGGACCACGUGAUUAUGACACGCCGGGUCGCGGACCGAGAUUUUAUGAACCGGACGGACGAAGGUAUAGUGUUGACGGACAACAUGUGAAAUACGUCGGAUGGAAUUUUAAUUUUCGCAUGAGAACUACGACUGGUUUACAAAUAUACGACGUCCGUUUUCAAGGAGAACGUUUAGCGUACGAACUGAGUUUACAGGAAGCCAGUUCGUUGUUUUCAGGAUAUGGCGUUGUGUCUGGAUUUUCAAACUAUUUUGACAUUUCUGGCAUUGCUGGUGCCACGUCAUACGAGCUGGUUCCCGGGGUCGAUUGUCCCGGUACCGCUUCAUUCCACGACGCAUACCAUUACGUCGACUCUGGGCAGCCAAGAAUCGAAAUUCGAUUUGUAUUUUUGAAAUGA